CAAUAGGGAAACAAACGAAAAAGAAACAAAAUUAUUUUAUUUGUUGCAAGAGUUUGUGGUAUCUGCAUUCUGAGUCUUUCAUCAGCUUUAGUAAAGUAAUACUGCAAUUCAUAUUGAUCUUUCAUUAAGCCACUGCUAUGGGAAGUCCAGAACGAGAGCUCUGUCCGCCACCUUCAGAAGAAGAUGAAUUAACCCUACCUAGAGCUAGUAUCAACAAAAUGAUUAAAGAAUUAGUUCCUUCUGUCAGAGUUGCAUUUGAGUCCAGGGAGCUAAUAUUGAAUUGUUGUACAGAAUUUAUUCAUUUGCUAAGUUCUGAGGCAAACGAAAUCUGUAAUCAGAGUAACAAAAAAACUAUUAAUGCUGAACAUGUUUUAGCAGCUCUUGAUAGAUUAGGUUUUAACGAUUAUACCUUGGAAGCAGAAGCUGUACUUAAAGACUGUAAAGCUGUUGCAGCCAAAAGAAGGAGACAGAGUACAAGACUUGAGAAUUUAGGGAUUCCAGAAGAAGAAUUACUACGACAGCAACAGGAACUUUUUGCUAAAGCUCGGGAAGAACAAGCUAAACAAGAGCAACAACAAUGGCUUCUUUUGCAGCAACAAGGUCUAGUGGGGGCUGAUGGUGCUCAGCCAUAUGUGCCUCCACCCACAGCACCCAAAGUUGAAGAUGAAGAAGAUGAUGAUUACUCAUAAAGCAAAAAAUGUUUUAAAAAAAUAAGUUUUUUGACCUACCAAUUUGUUGUCACGGACCUGUUUCUUCGCUGUCAUCUUUUUUUCAGGUCCGUGUUUUUUGUAAUAAUCAAUAUAAUAAGUAC